AUGUCCAAAGGGGGGGUUUCCAGGCUCCAGCCGCCCUCGCGCCCCAGCAGCGCGUGGCAACGGCCCUCCAGUGCCCCGGCGGGACCCCGGACCAAUGCCACGAAUGGCGUCUCUGUCUCCUGGCGUGGCAGGCGAUACCGGGUGAGACAGACUGGUGACCGCUCGCAGCUGUCGCAGACCAGCUUGGAUAGUAUGGCCGGUAUGGCAUCCUUCAGCAUCUACACAGACCACGGCUUGAGCGACGACGAAGACCAUCAAGACCAUCCACCCGGAGCGAUACGAGCCGAGGGAGCCGAGGGAACCGAGGAUGCCCCUCCGCCAGAAGCAGACGCGGCAAGCACUGAGAUGGCUGUAGAAGCUGAGAGCGAGGACUCGAGCAUCUCCACGGGCGACGCGGCCGCGGAAGUCGACGCGGCGGCCGAGGCGGCGAAGAUGUGGAGCGGCAAGGCGACGCUUGGCAUCUUGCAGGUGACGGUGGCGGAACGACCGCUCUAUGCGGAGCUGAAGAUGGGGGGCGAAGCGCAGAGCACCAGCUGUGUGACUGGGAGGUGGCCGAGCUUGGCUGAAAAGUUGACCUUCGAGCUGAAGGAUAUCAGAGUCGAAGAGAAUCUCACGCUAUGCUUCUGGACCAGCGUGGGCGAGUGGCGCUCGCGCCCCCGUUGCGUGGCCCAUGGCAAGACCACCCUGAACUUUGACGAGAAGGAACGACAGGUCAAAGUCACCUUGGACGUGCACCAGAACGGACAGCUCCUUCGAGGCUUGGCUGUUUUGCACCUGGAGGUCUCCGGAUGCACUUCGGAGACGGACAUCGAUCACAGCGACGAGAACUGCUCGCGGAACCUGCUGCUGAGCCGGCGCUUCAAGGGCCGCCGCUUUCGGGGCAUCAAGGAGCGGCCUGUGGGCCCCAUGGACCGAGUGAUGGACGUGAAUGCGCGCUGCUGGAACUACUUGGAGCACCGUUCCUCCUUCUUGAAGGUCCGGCGUCAGGAAUGCCACCAACGGAUUCGCAAGGCGCAGGCCCUGCGAGCUGGGCCCGCGGCCAACCAAGGGUUGCGUGGCUGCAAGAAAGGGACACGGGUCGGACAUGGGCAAAGUUGUUGGUUGAAAAUCAGCUUGAAACAAACAUGUCAAAUUUCUUCUUGA